CAACAACAAAGGCCUUUAAUACAGCAGGAGCCUUGAAAUAUACAAGGGCUCUGUUCUCCAUAGGCCACACUCUCUCUCCUGGUGAGAUUACUGCAGACAUAAGCACGUUGAGCCCCCAAAGUAUGUGCAGGGACUCUCACACAUUACUGGGAGUCCCACCUCAAACCCAUCAGCCCUUUAGUAACACACUGUGCAUCUGAUUUUUCAUUAAUGGAUUCUGUUUUUGUAAUUAAUUCUUUAAGCUGUAUAGCAUUUCAUGAAGAAAAGGAAAUGAUAAUGGACAAUUCCAGUGCUACUCAGAGAGGGAGAUACAAAAUAAAUAGCCUUCUAGAGCAGUGGUUUUCAUCCUAUUUUUUUUGUUUUAUAGACCCCUAAUUUUUUUUUUUUUUUUUUUUUUUUUUGCAAAUGGUGGUACAUCCUUCUGCAAUCUCAGACAUACUGUGGUGUUCUAGGUGCCCACGGACUAUAGAUUUUGAAAGCCACUGUUCUAGUGUGUUUAUAGAGUCUUUAAUUUCUUCUGGGGGUGAGGUUCAGACAUUUACAAGUAGAGGAGAGUACCCAGUGUAUUGUCAGUUCCUUAGGGUACAAACCAUGGCUGCACUAGAAAUGCUGCAGCAACGCUGCAGGGUAGAUACUCACUCCCGUGACAGGAAAGGUUUGCCUGUCCCUAUAGUUAAUCCACCUGCCCCAGAGGUGGUAGCUAGGUUGACUAAGAAUUCUUCUGCUGACCUAGCACUGUCUGCCUGGAAGCUCCCUCCGCGGGUUGCUAGGAGGCGAGAAAACGCCCGGCCUUUGGGGUAGUUCGUCCCUCCGUCUGUGCCGUCCCGCCCACAUCCCCUUCCACUGACUGACUUUCGCUUCUGCCCCACUCCCGGAAGUGAUCCCGCCCCUGUGUUGUCAUGGAGAAGGGACGCUGCCUGCGGCCCAUUUGCUGGGAGAGAUUCAGCUUGUGAAAAUGGCAGAAGGUUUUCAACGCAAUCAGCAACCACUCCUACAUAGAGUGAACCUUGGAAAUGGAUUUUUGGAGAAUACUUAUGUCCACUUAUACGAAACAGACAUUCAGUCUCGAGAUACAGAGCCUGACCCAUAAAAUGAUGGUCUGGAUUGUAGAACGGGGAGGUGCUAAAUCAAGCAAGGCUGUUUUGUGAAAUCAACCAUCAUGAAAGGAGAAGAUAUGGUAAAGAAAUUAAGCAAACAAAGUAUUUCUUAGCUGGAAAAGAUUCUAAUAUCUCAGGAGAUUCUAAUAUCUCAGCCUCCAGUGUCUUCAGGAUAAAUGUUGGUGUAAUUGGGAGGAUCUGUCUGAGCCCACAAGGGGGGCUGGAUCUCCGUCUACUUAUUACUUCCUGGUCAGGAAAGGCCAUGUCUGUAACCUCUGCUGGGGAAGGGGUUGCCUUUAGCAUCUCCAUAAAUAGCCUAAUCCAGUCUGGUGCUAGCUGAAAAUUGUGGAUCUUCCUGGAGCAGAGAACCUCACUGAGAACCCGUGGGGUGGGAGUUUAAGAGAGAAGCCUCUGCUGAAGAAGUCCUUGGUGGCUUUCUAGUGGGUUGUCAAUGAUCAACUACAGUGAUUCCAAGUUGACCCAGCUGCUGGAAGAAGCCCUGGGUGGGAACAGCAAGACCAGGGUUAUUUUCUGCCUGUCUUCCACCUCGGAUUCUCAGCACCUAGCUGCUGUGCUGAAGACCUGUAUAGCUCUCUUGCAAGAUAAGAACUUCCCUGUUUUAAAUGACUACUUUGUAGAGGUACAGUUUAGAUCCCAAAUCCCUAGAUUCUGGCCUCAGCUGGAUCUUUUCUGGAAGGAAUCUAAACAUUUAAUAGGACUGGGCUCCCGAACACUGAAUAUUAAUGGCUGCUUAAACUGCAACAUCUAUGUCAGUAUGAUGGUUGGGUUCAUAGUGCAUCGUUCGUUGGGUUAAAAACAGGGCUGGCUUAAUGGGUUGCCAAAAGAUACAAACCUAUUUUCAACUGUACGAUUCAAUUAAAUGCAACCAGUGGAUGUUUGAGUUUGGUGAUGUGGUGCUUGCAUCCUCAUGUUGUGAUGAUGCCCUGGAAAAUUUUACACUGUGGGAGACCAGAGCACAGGAAAGAUGAGAAGGCUGGCUACUUUCCCGCUGUUGUGCUUUUUCUCCUGCCACUUCUGCUCCAUCCCAAAAACCUCAGUCCUGCUUGGUGGCUACUGCCAUGUGAUCAUGGAUAUUUUGAAUUUUCUGAAUUUAGCAGGUAAACUCAAACCUGAACCCAACAUCUUUUGAUAUUGCCCAGCGUUAGGGUUCUCACACCAGCAGGGGCUGGGAACAUUGGAGAUGAUGCUCUGUCCUGAGCAGAGGCAAAGCUCUUUUCCAUCCCCAGUGGCUAGUUAUAAAAUAGCAUUUCAACCUCCAAAGAUUUUUUUCCCUUCCAGACACAGGGUAAGUAUACUCCAUCUAUAGGGAGAGGGUGCUUUAUAAACCAAGGAUUAGGGGGUGGGUGAAAACCCUUAAUUCCCCCUCAGAAUAAAUAUUUUGACUCCCUCCUUCGGUGUAAUGAGAGUCCCCUUGGCAUAUGCCUGGCAGUCAGCAAGUGGCACAUCAGAAGAUGGCAGUCCCAGUUUUGUGUGUUUCAGUUUAGCCUCAUUUCUCCAGAUCAGAGACAUCUCAGUACAAAAUAACUUUUUUAUGUUCCACUGGCUCUGGAAAGAUGCAGGCAGUGUUCCUCUUUACACUGAAUUCAUCCCAGUUUCUACAUUUCAGGAAUGUCAUUCUUCUAGGAUAUGUCUGUGAGUGAAACCACUUCCUGAGACUGAAGCACACCAACCCAUGCCAAACAGCCUGGAGUUCCUAAAGAUGCGAGCAUCAUGCACCUUUCCCGGCCAUCCCACGUUGAUGUCGGUGAAGCGUCCCUUGUGAUCCACCAGUGCUUGCAGCACCAUUGAAAAGUACCCCUUGCGGUUUAAGUACUGGUUGGCAAAGUGGUCUGGUGCCAAGAUAGGGAUAUGCAUUCCGUCUAUCGCCCCACAACAGUUAGGGAACCCCACUGCAGCAAAGCCAUCCAGUAUGACUUGCACAUUUCCCCGAAUCACUACCUUAAUAACAGAACAUUAGUGAUUGCAUUGGCUACUUGGAUCACAGCAAUCCCCACAGUAGAUUUGCCCACUCCAAAUUGAUUCCCAACUGACUGGUGGUAGUCAGGCAUUGCAAGCUUCCGCAGGGCUAUCGCCACUUGCUUCUCAACUGUCAGGGCAGCUCUGAUCUUGGUAUUCCUGUGCUUCAGGGCGGGGGAAAGCAACUUACAAAGUUCAAGGAAAGUGGCCUUCCACAUGCGAAAGUUUUGCAGCCACUGUAAAUCAUCCCAGACCUGCAACGCUGUUGGAGACCCCAGGGCAUGGCCACUAGUUAAGUUGAGGGGAUGGAAGGCCAUAAGGGUCGAGGAAGUCUCCCUGCUGAAGGCCUAAGAGCUUCUUCUCAACCGCCCUUAAUAGAAUUCAGGCCUGGCUGGUUUAAGUAACCUCUUUUGCUCUUAAAACGAUGUUGAAGCCGCAGAUAAUGCCUUAUAGUGUAAGGUUUGCUGACGCCAAGUUAAAAAUAAUAGGAGAGAAACAACUACAAGGCCAGACAAAAUGUACUGGUUGUUUAAGUUGCUAGAAAUGCUUGUUAAAGGUUGCAGGAAAUAAACAUUGUUGUAACCCAUAUAAGGAAGGCAGAGUAUUUGUGCAAAGUUUUAAUUGGCUGAUGUGUAGUGCAGUAGCAUUAAGGAACAUAAAAGUGUGCGUAAUGACCUGCUCUGGUGUGCAGGAUUUGAGAUUCUAUUCUCCCUGUACCUUGUUUGCAGCUGCAAAUAAACUUUUCUGCUUCUCCACCCCGUUGUGAUUAUUGAGUGAAGCACACCGGGUAACGAACCCCUGCUGUUGUUUUGCCUCUCGGCACUGGGUGCCGGCAACAGCUUUUGGCACCCAACGUGGGGCGAUGAGGCUGCAAUUUAGCCUUGCCCGGAUCCCUUCCGGAGGUCGAGGAUUGCAGCGACAACCGACGCCCAGCGCGCACCGGUGAGUUCAUCGGGGGCCUCGGAGGAGACGCAGUUUGAUCGACCCUGGAGGGCACGACGGUGCAACGCACUCACAUAGUGGAGAAGCAGCUGUGGGAAACGGUAAGGAACCGGUUCCUUGGACAUAGGGGAGGAGCAGCUGCAGGCGAUGGUGGGGAACCGGUCCCUUGGAUAAGGUAUACUAAGGAUUCCCAGCCUCUACCCUUGGACUCGCCCAUCCACUCCCUGCAGCCUGGUGAUUCAGUGCUCGUACGUACCUGGAAAGAUGAGCCCCUCCAGGAAAAGUGGAAGGGACCCUAUACCGUCCUGCUGGUCUUCCACACGGCAGCAAAGUCAUUGCUUACUCAGUACCGGGCAAAGAUCCUGGCCCUUCAGCACCGACUGUAUGAACACAUGGAUCUUAGGAGUGCCAUGGAGAGUGAGAGCAUAGGCACCUUCCGAGAACAGGUCCAGUGCCUCACCAAUGAAAACGUGCAGCUGCAGGAUAGGAACGAAAGACUGUACACAAAGCUUGGAGAACUGCAGGAGAAGAUGGGGAAUCUGGCUGGUUCCAAAACGGAUUUGUCAUCCAGAUUGGUCUUCAGUGAGGAGGAGAAACUUAAGAUUUCUAAGGACCUCAUUGAUCUCCAGAUCGAGACAAACAAAAUGAGAGAGCAGUAUGAGGCAGAGAACUUUGAACUGAAAAAUAUGAUCCUGACCCUGGAGAACCGUAUUCUGGAGUUGGAGCUCCAUGAUGAGAAGGUCACUGGGGAGCAUGAUGCCCUACAGGAACGCCUGCACACUGUGGAGACCAAUCGCAAGGAGCUGGCUGAUGAGUACAUCAUUCUGAAAAGCAAUUAUAUGGCCCUGGGCAAAGAACAUGAACAGGAGGUUGCUAAGAACGAAGAGUUGAGCAUAGAGCUACUAAACCUGGUCAACACCAUGAGCUCCCUUCCUCAGUCAUGGAGUAACUACUCCCCAUCCCAAGCCCUGGCCAAUGAAACCUCGGCCGAGCUGGAAAGGGUGCGGGCUGUGGUCCACCGCCUCUCUGCCCGGAAAGUGAAGCCAGAAGAUAUAGUUGCCUCUGAACAUGAACGUCGAAAACUGGAGAGACAUUUGCUUGGAAACCAGGAUCACAGAAAAACUGAGAUUGAAAAAAUGAAGCAAACGUAUGACUCUCAGCAACAGAAGCUGGAACAGAGAGUGGUGGCAAUGGGGAAGGAGCUGCAGCAGGCCAAAAGAGUGAUUCGCAAUACUCAGCACAAACUGGUGGAGCAGUCAGCGGUGCUGCUCACCUCUCAGAGCCAGCUCAAGGAGGUGGAGGUUGAGAAUUCCCAACUGCAGCUUCAGCUGAAGGAGCUGAAUGAGGAAUAUCGCUGUCGUCUUACUCAGUACAUCAAGGACCUGGUGGAAUAUAUGGACAGCAAAUCAAAUGCUUCUAAGGGGCCCAACAAAGUACCAGCUGACCAUGCUUACAUGAAGAGCUUUGUGGAUGGCAUGCUGAAGGACAUCCGGGCUGCCCAUAAAUCUCGGGAGGAGCAGCUGGCUGGAGCUGUGCGCAGUUACAAGAAGCGUAUGCAGAACCUCAUCAAAACACAUGAAAACCUGCUGAUUGCUUACAGGAUGCAGCGUGAGCAGAUCCAGUCUCAGGGUGGCAGCAAGAUAGACCCAGGCCCUCCUGAGUUCCAUUUCACCAUCACAGAUUCUGAGCUACUGACAAGCACAACCCAGGAGCUAAACCAGCUGCGAGAGGACAAAGCAAAACUAGAGACACAGCUGCAUGAACUGCAGGAGAAGAAAAGACUGCGUGAAAGCUCUGCACUAGGACCAUCUCUUCACCACAAGCUGGAUGAGGUGGGCUGGGCAGAGAUCAGAAAGCAGCUCCAGGAGUUCACACAUAGCACGCAGGAGGAUCUGGAGAGGGAGAGAAGCCAGCUGCUGACUCAGGCAAUUGUGGCAGAAGAGCAGGUGCUGGAGCUGCAGGAAUAUGUAGAUAAGCAUCUUGCAAGGUACAAGCAGGAGAUCCUGAGGUUAAGGAAACUUGUAGGGAGCGAGGCACCCAGAGCAUUCAGUGCUGGGGCUUCUGAUGCUCACUUAAUGCAGAGAUCCAAAAGGACCAGCAGCCCUCAACUGUAGUUUUUGC